AUGUUUUUACGACCACUCGACUACGAAUCACCCCUCGAUAUGCCUACCUCUCAUUUUGACAAGGCAUUCGCUCUACUAGAGCAAUCCUUUAGGGAUGGCAACUUCCUGCAAGCCUACAAAUCACUGCCAUCGCGACAAACCACCGAAAAGGCCGAAUCAUCUAGACAUGCCGACUUCUCGGACGACGAUGACGACGACUCGGACCUCUCGGAUGGUGAUAUGCACGAAGGAUACCGGCCCAGAGACGCACCAUCCAUAUCCCUUAUGCGCCGCAACUCGACACUCCCUCCCACACCGCCUACACAAUCGCGCAAUGUGAGCGCAACAUAUGCGCAUCUUGUGCCCUUGCCACGAGAAGCAGCAGGCACCAGUACACCACCAAACCAACAGAGGCCUCCAACACCCGACUUGACCCCACCCAAUAUUCGUACCAAAGCACUUGCGCCGCCACGACCUGCCAUACCACACUCUGCCUCUUCGCGCGCCGAGUCUUUCAUGACUGCAAGAGAGACUCAAAGUCAAGCCAGUGCCAGCACGAGCCAGGCCAGUCUUCCACUGCGGUCCGAGGCAGGGCAUAGGUGGUUGGACGCGACAAGAGGCAUGCGACUGAGCAGUCUGCCGCUGGGCAUCCCGGAGAGGCCGAACUCGCUGGGAGAAUCUAUGUCUGGCUCUGGAGAGACAACACCGACACAAGAACCCCUUCGACCCUUCCCCGCACCUGCCGUUUCUUCUCAUUUGGUCGAACACAUGACUCCGGAAGACUUGGGCGGAGAAGCUUCAUCCACUCCCGACUCUGAGGCCGGCAAUUUCAUGAGGUAUGUGACCAUCCGAAAGAAGCGCGCAGCUGAACCUCAGCAACAAACAACACCCAGUCAGAGGAUGUCGACUAGUAACCAACAAAGAUCAGCAUCUGCAGUCAUGCCGCUUUCUGAAGGAGCUAAUGGAAGCCCUUCUACAGUCAAGCAUGGAGAGACGCUUGAUUGGCUGGAGGCAGAUAACGGUCCCUUGUAUCAACAUAUGCGAAACGAAAAGUCGAAGCGUCUGUCUGCUGCAUCCACCACGUCGACCGUCAUUGAAGCCUUUGUACUCACGGCUCCACAUCAGCAAAAACAGCCAGCUCUACGACGAGUCAGUAGGGUCGACACUCUGCGCGAUGAUGCUUCUUCAAGGCGUAGCUCGCUCGAGUCUCAACACGUCUUGAAUCCGAAGAUAGUACCCCCGCGUGUACGCAAACACCUGGUCAACGGAGAUGUCGAUGCAGCGCGAUCUGUGUCCAAUCCCGAGACUGGUCGCGUUUCCAAAGUGCCGGUAAUUGUCAUACCCGAGCGUCGCUCGUCUCGCUCUUCUUCAUCGAGUGACACAAAUGACAAGACCCAUUCACUCACGUCUCGGCAGAACCGACUCCAUCAUUCGAAGAACCAUGUUUCUCUCAAGCGGGGCUACAUCGAAGGCGAGACUCCACGCACGUCUCUGGACCAAGAAGUGGACCUCAACAGUGAUAUCUGGCUCGACUAUGCAUCUCCAGAGCAAGAGCAACCAACACCGCGAACAAGACUGCGCCAUGUGUCCGCACCUGUCCAUACUAAUACAGAUUCUUCCGAGAUUGUGUCGAGGAACUCGUUCCAUCGCGUGAACGGCCAAGAUGCAAAGAUCAAGCUCAGCUCGCAGCAAGGCUGGAAAAGACACUCUAUUGACGCCGAACUCGAAUCGCCUGAGCUGGAACGUCCGCCGAGGUCUUCUGUGGAACGUGUUAGGCCCACCGACCACAGACUCUUGUUGCCAUCACAGCAGAAGAAUCUGUCAACGCAAGCAUUGUCUGACUAUCCUCAGCAGACCUCGCCGCGUAAAUCCUCAGACUCCAGAGACAUCCGCAACCUUCACUCGAGCACAAGUCCUUUUUCGCAACUUUCAGACCGCACAGAUUCAAUGGAGUUGAAUGAGGCCAAAGCCGUCAAUCUGUAUCCUCAUGGCAACAGAUCCCUGCUCAUGGUCCAACACGUUGCUAAAAGGCGUCUGGCCGAAGCCCAGAACGCAGAUGAGGACGGAAUCAUUGACGCUCUUACCACACCCGACAGUGAAGACGAGCCUACCAUCCGACCCUCCCAUCCCAAGUUUUCUACCGUCCUCGACGCACCGACGCCUCACACCUUCGAAGACCUCAGCCGUGCCGAAGUCGACUCACCUCUCCGAAACCCACGCACCGCCCCUCAGCCUCCUCGUCUCCCUGCUGUGAUCAUCAGCCCUGCGACUCCCUCUUCGCAAUUCCGUGAAACGCCGGCUCCUCCCUCACCACCACUUCGCCGACCAUCACUGGUCGAAAAAGCUCGAAGAUAUUCCGAAACUCUCAUUCAGCCAUUCCUUACCCCUUCCCUGUCUCGCCGUAACAGCACAUCAUCACAACGGCCAAAGAGUCAACACGACAGAGAUACCACACUUCACCCCUUCUGGCGACCUCGAGGCUUCUGGGAUGAUUUCACGGAUAGUGAGGAAGAGUAUUCAGAUGACGAGUUACCAUCGGGCGGAGAUACGUCUGAUGUUCAAAGUCUGGACUCCUUUGAGCAGAACAGGCAUUGGAGACCUAAACGCUUGAGUGUGCGACUACCUGGUUUCCGAGGCCAAGGUGGCUUCAUGCUAGGCAACUCUCUCGGGAUCGACCGCCAUGGCACGAAUGUCCGUCGUCAUCAUGUUUCCAUGACUCCUGCCAACAACCAGCGUUUGCUGCAUUCCCAGCAAAAAGACAAGCGAAGUCUUCUCACCAGGCUGUUUGUUUCGUUCCCAACUCUCAGAAAGAGACAAAGCAGUGAUUUGUUGAGGAUGGCUGCACAGAGUACGGAGAGCUUGAGACGAUUGAGUCAGAGACACAAAAGAAGAUGGGAUUUCGGCGGGUUGAGAAGUAAGAUGGCGAGAAGGAGGGAGAGGAAGGAGCAGGUCAAGAGAGACAGAUAUCGAGAAAGUAUCAAGGGUAGGAUUGGUGCGCCUGUUUAUGUGGGGACUUAG